UCUCCAGAGAUGCUUUUCUUCCCGACUGUGUGAGUGACUGUGGCAUGUAAAUUCCUACAACAAACUCUCAUCUACUUCGAUUUUACCUACUUUCUCUCUCCUCCUCCCUUUUUCAAUUUCCUUCCAAAAAUUCAAUCUAUAAAGCUCUCAGUUCUCCAUUACCUAGGGCGAAUUCAAUCAACGUUCAACUAGUUUCUGCGCUGAUUUUCGGUCAAUUUCAAAGCUCAAGUAGAUGCGGAAUGGCGGUGCUGCUGCUACGGUUGGUGAAUUCUCCGACGUUGAUAUCGAAAAUCAGGUAGGCGAGAGAGCUGCGGACGACGGCGGCGGCGGCGCGUUGGCGGAGAAUGCGGCCGUAGGUCAAUCCGUUGACAGAAUUGUUGAAGUGGUUGUGGACUGCUCCAAGAGUGAGCCGCAACUCGCGACUUCUCAGGAGGAAUGCAGGGUAUGCCAAGAAGAAAAUGAAGAAGUCUUGAUCAAUCUUGGAUGUCAAUGUCGAGGUGGUCUUGCAAAAGCACAUCAUUCGUGCAUAAUGAAAUGGUUUAAUAGUCGAGGCUCAAAUAAAUGUGAGAUAUGCCAGCAAAUAGCUACAAAUGUAGCAGUCCCCGAUCCCCAGGCAAGUUACUGGGUUUGGAGGGUUGAUCCAGCCUUUAGAGCUCAAGAACGUGAAAGGCGUUGUUUUAGUCCUCUUUGGGUGGCAUUUUCAAUUCUCAUCGGGGGUCUUUUGUUGGACGUGCUGAUUUCAGUAACCCUUGGUGUUUCGGCCCUCCCCGUGAACAUUAUUAUUGGAGUAAUUGUUGUGCUAGGACUUGGAACAGCUCUUAGGCUUGGCCUAGAGUUUUGUCAAGAAUGGAAUGUAAGAAGAGCUGUACAAAGGGUAGGAACGAAUGCCAAUAUCGGAUACCAUCCUGCUUUGUAAGUUGAAACCUGUGAAUAUUUUUUUAUCGAUGCGUAACGAGUGAGACAUUUCUUGUGUAAAUUGGUCCUAAUUAUAUUUUUUUUGUUAUUAUUAUUUUUUUUAAAUUUCUGGAUUCAAAAUGAAUGUUACUAGGAAAUAUAUAUGUCAUUUAAAUCCUAGAAUUCAAGCCUUCUCCCUAAAAGGAUGUACUAAAUCUGUAAAUUUGCAGUUUGUGAAAUGUGAUAUUGUUUACUUUUUUAA